AUGGACUAUGAUCGCUUCACCUCUGACGACCCAAUCGGAGAAAUAAUACUUCCAAUGAAGAAUGUCAAAUUUGCAAACAGUCCAGUUUACUGGAAACACUUACAACGUCCCACCGUGUCGAGGGAACAAUGCGGUGAAUUGAUGCUGUCCUUGUGUUAUCUUCCCGAUGUGAGUAAGAUUACCGUAAGUGUGAUAAAGGCGCGAGAUUUGAAGGCAAAGGACAAAAUGGGAAGCUCUGAUGCAUACGUGAAGCUAUGGUUAGUACAACAAGGUAAUAAACUGGAAAAGCAUAAGACGAUGGUGAAAUCUCAAACGCUGGCGCCAGUCUUCAACGAGUCGUUCGCAUUCACGGUUCCAGAAAAAGAAGUCCUUGAAAAGCACGUAAACCUUGUGGUGACGGUGAGCACAGCAAACUUCUCCUCU